AUGGCAUCACUGUCUGUUAGUCAAGUCUCUGCGUUGAUUGCUGCAGGCACCACUGCACGUAAGUCAACCUCGGUGUAUACAGCUGCUUGCAAGUCAUUAACGACCUGGAAAGUGCAACUACUCUUACCACUGGCAAUUCCGCUCAUCCUCAUCGCUUUCAUCAACAAGCGGCACGAUCAAGUACAGCAGACUGCUGUCACAUGGUCCGCGCUCAGUCGAACCCUCCACUCAACAUACUGGCCGACGAUUCUCAACUCGGACUCGUCAGCGAGUGCGAAUGUGAACCCUGCGGUUGUCGCCGCAGUCUACUUGGGCAUCUUCACAACGGUUUUAGUCGCUGUGACCGCCGUCAUCACGCCCCUUGGUCUUUAUGAUGCAAUGGUGUCUAGCAAACCUCAAAGGCUGCCUUUCAGCUAUGCGUCAGACCUGUCACCCUUCGGGUAUGGAAGUCUUCCUAGAAAUGAUAUGGGAUUCAGUCGUAUCUGUGGAAGCCCUCAAGGAUCAAUGAGUUGUCCUCGCUCAAACUUCUCUGUCACCCGAGACGGCUCCAUUGACAAUAAUGGCACACUCACCUGGAACUGGACAGAUGGCUACUACUACACCAACAUCUCUUUGGAGACACAGAACCUAUGGGAAAGUGGCCUAGUAACAAUGCAAAAGAGUGUGUCUAGUAUUUUCGACAUCCAGUGGCGUUCCUAUGAAAUCAGACAGCAGAAUUUAUCAAGUAUGUUCGCUUACUACAAUGAUACAUCUUCAUCUACCGAGAAGUACUACGACAACGGAUCUCCAUACUUAGUGGGAGGUUACCGAACGAUACAAGGCUUGCUUCCAAGCAAUGGAUUCAGGAUCGUCGAAGGGCUGGUGGUCGAUUUGGAAAGAGGUGGAAUUGGUUUUCGUAAUCACACCAUUCCCUCUCAGCCUUCUCAUGAAGUUAUAUGGACAGAAGAUAUUCUGUUCGUUGUGCCCGAAACAAGUUGCGUUGAUAACAAUCUAACGAUUGAUUACGAUCUUAAAGAAGACGAUACAAGCCAUACAUUGGGAUCUGGUGGCAUCCUACGGCUGACAGAUCGUGGCGGAUUCGCGAAUCUGAACAGUACGGUCAAUCUGGAAGGCAUUCAAACCAUGAACAGCUCACAAGACCGCAUCUAUCUUCAUGCUAGAGCACUGUAUGCAGCCGGGUUUAGCAACGCAUUGACCAUGAUCUAUAUGAAUUUGACGAACGAACAGCACGGCCUGGGAGAAUUCAGGAUGUACGAACAAGCACCAGUCGGGAUAUCAUACAUUCUUGAAGAUGAGUCGAAAACAUCUACAUACAGCGGAGAUGGUGGGAAAGUAGCCAAUUCCAUCCCGAAACCAGGGAGAAUUGCUCUUCAUAGGCUUGGUCAACAUUUAGAUCUCCCUUCUUCAGCCAACAUCGCCAGCAACCACACGUUCCUUAUCAAUCACAAUCAGAUAUACACGAACCCUCAUAACGUCACAACUGAUCUUUUCAAAUACUUCGGGUUGCUAGACCUGCAUGUCAUCAAUGUGACGGAAAAGAGCUAUCCUAACACAUCAUCCAUGCCGAUUUGGGGAGUGGAAAACUCUGGCAUGACUUAUGGGAAUAUAACACCAUUUUGGGUUGUAGAACUCACGAUGAACAUACCGGGAGCAAGCUUUUAUAGCACCAUCAUGCGGUAUAUCUACGGAGACCUGUUAGGAGGCUCAUCAAUUUCACCCGCGGAGACUCAUGACUACUCAGGGUAUGGUCAAUUUGCUCUAUAUCAACGGUGGCUUGAACUUGGGCGGACAGCAACACUAUCUGCAGACAUUAUCAACCUGAUAUGGACAGACAUUGCUGCAAACGCUGUAGUUGGUACUCGAUCCUGGUUAUCCAAGUCGCCGGGUUCAGACACAUCUGGAUCUCGAGACCAGAGCAGUCCGCGUGAGGUGCCCAACGUCACUCUGCUGCAACGAAAGACGAAGUACCAUAUCGCCUACGCGGUACCAGCAAUGUUGUUACUGUUGCUGGCACUCGUCAUAAGUGUCGCUACAGCCAUACUACUGCUUCUACAGCGCACUGGGUUGAAUCGCAUGAGAUGGUUCCUCAACCAAACCUCACUGGGACGCAAUUUUACAGCGCUUUUAUACCCAGAAGUCAGCUCACAGCAGUCUUCGCAGAAAAUAUGGGCGAAGAAUGAUGCACAUAGAGUAAUAACUGUGGAUCUGGAUAAACCGUACGCUGACAACCAGGCAGACAGUCAAACGAGCUCCCAGUCCAAAGGAGACGUGGCGGUCUCGCAGCGUUUGAUGAGUGAGAAUGGAACUGAGCAUCCGGAACAACAGUAG